AAAUUGCAUUAUUAAUCUUGCAUGUGGGAGAACAAUUCUCAUUAGUCAACCUUCUUCAUCACCAAACCCAUUCAUCUUCUCUUCUCUUUUUACUCUUCUCCUCUUCCUUCUUUCUUAAGGCUUUUUCUGUGUAUAGUCAAUCCAUGGCUUCCAAGAAACAUUUUACAGUAACUCCAUGGACUAAGUACUCCAAAACUCAUUCCACUACAUUUAUUACUGGUUCUCACUUUAGAUACUUUCUCCUUCUUCUAAUCUCUUUCUCUGUUUGGUUUCUUUCACUUUCUUGUUUUAGCUUUUCUUCUACUUAUACCAAACACCUUCCUCCCCCUAAUGCUGCUAAAACUAGCUGCUCGAACGUAUCUCUCUAUGUAUAUCAACUACCAGAAGAGUUCAACUUGGGUUUCCUCCGCGACUGCACCCAUUUGAAUAUUUACACUAACAUGUGUCCGCACGUCGCCAAUCACGGCCUUGGUCAACUGCUCUCUACCCCCACCAAAGGCGGAUCCUUGAAAAAUAAAUUUCUAGAUUCACCGCUCACCGCCACAAAUUGGUUUGCCAGCCACCAGUUUCUUGCCGAGAUGAUCUUCCACGCCCGCUUAGAAAAUCACGCAUGUCGUACCAUGGACCCCAAUACUGCUAAUCUCUUCUACGUGCCUUUCUAUGGCGGUCUCCACGUGUCCAGCAAGUUUCGUGAAUUUAAUCAUACGAUACGCGAUGAAUUAGCCGUUCGAUUAAUAGAGGACAUUCAAAUUCAGCCUUGGUGGCAGAGGCAUCAUGGGAAGGAUCAUUUUUUAGUCUUGGGGAGAACCGCAUGGGAUUUCAUGAGAUCUGAUGGUGUGCCAGACUUUGGAGCCAACUGCCUCCUAAAUUUGCCACCUGUAAAAAAUAUGUCGGUGUUAACUGUAGAAAGACAACCGUGGCAAGGAACCAACCAAUACGGCAUACCGUAUCCUUCUUAUUUCCAUCCCUCCAGUGCCGUUCAGAUGCUGACGUGGCAGCGAAAGAUGAGGCUGUCAAAGCGGGAGUACCUUUUCUCUUUCAUAGGUGGCCCACGAAAAGGCGUGGAGAAAGCAGCUAUCAGGGACGAGUUAAUAAGGCAAUGCGAAGAGUCAACUCAGUGCAAGCUCAUGAAAUGCGGGAAUGAUGGUACAAGUAAAUGCCAUGAACCGAUUGAGGUGCUUAGAGCGAUGAGUCAGUCCGAGUUUUGCUUGCAAGCGCCAGGAGACUCGUUCACUAGAAGAUCCACGUUUGACUCAAUGUUGGCAGGUUGCAUACCGGUAUUUUUCUCGCCGCACACGGCGUACACACAGUAUAGCUGGUAUUUGCCGGCGGAUGGGAAUGAGUAUUCGGUUUAUAUUGAAGGGAGCGAGAUUGAGAAGAGAAAGAUAGAAGAAGAGCUUGUGAAGAUUUCAAAGAAAAAAGUGGAGAAAAUGCGAAGGAGAAUAAUAGAAUUGAUACCAAGCCUUACAUAUGCCCACCCCAAUGCUACUGAUGUUGGAUUUGAAGAUGCCAUUGAUGUUGCAGUUGCAGCACUGGCCAAACUUGCACGCGCCAAGAUAGGUGUGUAGUCUAAGUGCAUCUCAUGGAGAUAUAUUUAAGUAUUAAUCAUAUUCGAAUUGUUAUAGAGAUUAAUACUAUUAUAACUCCAUAUUAUUUUUUUAA